UGGGUGAGAUCCAGCAGACUGCAGAGAUGACACUCAGGGUCUGUCUCUGUGUGACCCUGCUACUCAGCACAGCUACAGGCUUGCCGCGUCUCAACUCCCGGAGCUCUAUAGUUGGGGGAGAAGAUGCAGCACCUGGAAGAUGGCCCUGGAUGGUGUACCUCCAGACCAGUAAUGGAACGGCGAAAGGAUCUUCCUGUGGCGGUACUCUUAUCAACACUCUAUGGGUUUUGACUGCAGCCCACUGCGUCGACUCAUACAGCUUUCGUUUGACAAGAGUGUUGGUCGGCCAGCUGAAGCUUCGUGACACCAAUGGCUUGAAGUACUCUGUGCAUCGUGUCCUGGUGCACCCCGAUUACCGUGACGAUGAGUACAUGCCGCACAAUGACAUCGCCCUGGUGCAGCUGGACGGCUAUGUGGUCAUCUCCAAACUUGUGAUGCCCGUGGCACUGCCCACCCGUCGGGACGUCUUCAGCACCAGAUCUGAGUGCUGGAUCACUGGAUGGGGCCUCGUGGCUAAGCACACACCAUUAGUAGGUAAGAAGACUCUGCAGCAGCUGAAGCUCCCCCUAGUGGAUGACAACACCUGCAGGAUGAUGUACCCCAGUACCAAUUAUAACCACCUCUGUGCUGGAUUCAUGCAGGGGGGCAAAGGUGCAUGGAAGGGUGAUUCUGGCGGCCCCCUGGUGUGUAAGUCGGCAUCUGGGAGGUUUGUCCAGGUCGGAGUGGUGAGUUAUGGAAAAGGCUGUGCCCAGCGUGACUACCCUGGGGUGUACACACGUGUGAUCAGUUACACCGAGUUCAUCCAAGACGCCAUCGGCAAAUAUAGCUGAACCACAGCAGCCUCUAGUGGUCAUGCAGGGAGGAGAACUACACCUCCACCUGAUAUUUCUCUGUCUUUCUCUCCUGUUUCUCUUCUGUCUCUCCCCUUUUCUAUCUGAUCAAUAAAAUCUUUAGCAGCAUCA